UGGAAGGCAAGCCAUGGAUGCACAAGAUCUCUCGAGCUUCAACACUAAGCUACUGUUAUUUCUUCUCCUUAAAUGCGAGAAAACACACUACUAUAGUGUCUGCAUGUUCAAGUCUCGCCUCCGCGGCUGAGGCUCGUUGACCCACGCCUCGUCUCCUAGCGCUCACAUCGUCGCGUACACGGGCCUCCGCUCCCCGCUUUCUAGAACUGGGGCUGUAUCUACCAAAAACCGCGCAUGCCCAACCACCGGAUUGGCCGUGUUCUCUAUUUUCACUCUCGUUUGGUUUGCAGCAGUGACAGAGCCUAGCUUUUGGGCCUGUCGUCCUGGAAGUUUUGAGUCGUUGUCCUUCCUCCAUUACAUCAAGACAUUACUAGGACUCUUUGUCCCCGCACGAGUCCGCUCACUAUCGCCGAGGCCGUAUAUCUUGCGAUAACACAGCAAAAAUGGAGCCAACAUCCCUUGACGCCGUGGUCCUCGAGUAUCCCGAAGACAUGGACUCGCCAACGCCUCGCGCUCCGGCCAUAGACGCGCUCCCAAUCGACCGACCGAAGCUCAAGGGCAGACAACGUCUGCUCAGCGGACUGCAGCGGAUAGGCUCCUCGCCCAGUCUGAGCCUGGCAACCAUGGGGAGGACGCCAUCACACAGUCUGAGGAGCCAGCCAAAGGCUUCCAUGUCUUGUGUGUCGCUGGCAGGGACAGGCUCGCCAUAUGGAAACUCGUUCGGCAGCUCAUACUCGUCUGAGCUGUCCACUGGGUUCUCAACAGCACCCACAUCUGUCGCAAAUAGCCCCCCCGGCAGCCCCCUCUGUGACGAGAAUUACCGUCUGCGAAUGAGGACGCCUGAUUUCGCGUCUUCAGUACCCCUUCCCUCGAGCCGGAGGCCACACUCAAGAGCUGGCUUAGACACCGAGGGCGAUUACUUCUCGCAGCCUAUCCGAAAGACGGUCCAGAAGAAGCCGGUCUUCAAUUUCUGGGGAGACAUGCCGGCCGAAAUCCGCAUCCAGAUCCUCCAAUACCUCACACCGAAGCAGAUCGUGCGAUGCUCGCGCGUGUCCAAGUCAUGGCAUGCCAUGUGCUUUGAUGGUCAGUUGUGGAGCGACUUGGACACGAGCAAGUUCUAUCGCAACAUCUCGGCGGACGCUUUGAUCAACAUCAUCAAGUCAGCCGGGCCAUUCGUAAAAGAUCUCAACCUUCGAGGCUGCGUUCAGUUACGCGAGCGAUGGAACAAGAACGGCUUCCUAGAAGCCUGUCAGAACCUUGAGAACUUCUCGCUCGAGGGAUGUCGAAUCGAUCGAUCGUCGAUCCACACCUUCCUUCUUUCCAACACCCGUCUUGUCCACGUCAACCUCUCUGGACUGGCUGGCGCCACGAACGCUGCGAUGAAGAUCAUCGCAACAAAUUGCCCGAGAGUAGAGGUUCUCAACAUCUCCUGGUGCAAUAACAUUGAUCACCGCGGACUUCUCAAGGUCGUUCAAGGAUGCCCCAAGCUACGAGAUCUGCGAGUGGGCGAAGUGCGAGGCUGGGACGACAUCGAGCUGAUGACUGAGCUUUUCCAGCGUAACACCCUUGAGAGGCUGGUUCUGAUGAACUGUGACAGCCUGAACGAUGAGUCGCUCGCUGCUCUUAUUGAAGGUGUCGAUCAGGAGAUCGAUGUGCUCACCGACCGACCGAUUGUUCCGCCUCGCAAGCUGAAGCAUCUAGAUCUUACUCGCUGCCGCACCAUCACGGACGUUGGCGCGAAGACUUUGGUUGGCAACGUCCCAUUCCUGGAAGGCCUUCAGCUUUCGAAGUGUGGAGGUCUGACGGACGAGACGUUGAUUUCCCUACUUCCCACACUACCAGUCCUAACGCACUUCGACAUCGAGGAGCUCGACGUGCUCUCAAACGAGGUCCUCAAGACUCUCGCCGAAGCUCCAUGCGCCGCACACCUUAAGCACCUUUGCAUCUCCUACUGCGAAAACCUCGGCGACACCGGCAUGCUGCCUGUCCUCAAAUCCUGCACCAGUCUAACCUCUCUCGAAAUGGACAACACCCGCAUUUCCGAUCUUGUCCUCGCCGAAGCAGCAGCAAGCAUGCGCCACCGCAACCGUCUCGCCCGCGCUCUGUCCGGGUCCGAACGUCCGCAGAUCGGUCUCCGCAUUGUCGCGUACGAUUGUGCAAACGUUACAUGGACAGGCGUCCGCGAAGUGCUGUCUCGAAAUGCAGAAAUCUCGCGGCCCUCGCCUACAGCUGCCUCUCAGACGGCAACUUACCCCCGCGAAGUCAUUGGCUUGAAGUGUUUCUACAGCUGGCAGCCCACCAUUGAAGAGCACACAAAGCGCGUUCUGAGAGGUGAUUUCGCUGCAGCUGCACGGCUGGAGCGCAAGUGGGCAGACUGGAUGAUGAUGAAUGAGGAGGCGGGAGCUGGCGGUGCUGGCGCUCGUCGUCGUCGCAGGAGGGCGCGAGAGGCGCAGAUGAUGCAUGCUGAUGAGGAAGAGGGUGGUGCCGGCACUACUGGUGGUGUUGGGCGCAGGCGACGCGCAAGAAGUGGCCCUGGCGGCUGCCUUGUUAUGUGAGUGUGAUGGUUGAGCGAAUAUUCUCUUAUUUGGCGGAGCUGUAUAUUUUUUUUGAACACUUACAUGCACCAUAUAGAGUACAUUCGGGCGUUCUGGGCUUUCUCCUACAUUCAGAGCACGGGACUAGCGUUCGCAUCCUGGAGGCCGACGUGCGACGGCCGUACAUCUAUCACCAUAGCAUACACACAUGACAUAUGAAUCACAUCAGGUCGAGCUUCUACGCUCCCAAUCCAUGUUUGUACAUCCUCACAAUCGAGCGAAGGGCAACGAUGACGAUGUAGAUCUCCU